CCUUCCCAUACACUGAUACAGUAAUGUCUACAGCAAACGCUACCCAGCCUCAAACUUCUCCAUCAGCCAGACGCGGCGGCAAACGAGGUGGACACAGAGGACAAGGCGGCCAUCGCGGAGGUGGUGGUAAAUCCCGAGGCCGCAAGAAUUCAAGUGCAACUGCACCAAUCAAUCCCGUUCCUACUGCGCCUGCUUCUGAAGCCACAGACGAAGCAGUGGUAUGCUGGAUCUGCGCAGAGCCCGUUAAAUACUACGCAGUAUCAGCGUGCAACCACCGGACGUGUCAUGUCUGUGCUCUACGCUUGAGAGCGCUUUAUAAGAAGCUGGAUUGUACAUUCUGCAAGGAUCCUCAAACGACGGUAAUAUUCACGACUUCCCCCGAUGCGCUUUUUUCUUCAUACACCCCCGACAUGAUCCCGCAUAAAGACUCUAAGUCAAUGAUUUACUUCGAGACAACCGAUAUGAUGGAAGAGACUCUUAUUCUUCUACGCUUUAAUUGCCCUGAUUCGCAGUGCGAUUAUACUGCGACUGGAUGGGGCGAUCUUAAAUUGCACGUUCGGGGUACGCACGAGAAGAUGAUGUGUGAUCUUUGUAUUCGUUUCAAGAAGGUUUUCAGUCAUGAGCACGCGUUGUACUUCCCCAACGUCCUGCCUUUACACUUGCCCUCUAUGUUGCAUCGGUCUCAUAAACAAGUGACGAAAGAGCCGAUAGAAGGCGGCGUACAUCCAUUAUGCGGGUUCUGCAAGGAAUGUUUUUUCAGUGAUGAUGAGUUGUAUGUUCAUAUGCGCGAACGACAUGAGGAGUGCUUCAUUUGCAAACGGAAUGAAGUACGAGAUCAAUACUUUCAAAACUAUGAGGCUCUCGAGCAACAUUUCAAUCACGCACAUUUUGCGUGUUCAAAACCUGUUUGUCAGGCUCAAAAAUUCGUGGUGUUUGGAUCUGCAAUAGACCUCAAGGCGCAUCAGGUUGAAGUACAUGGUGCGGAAAUGACAUCGCGGGAUAAGAAGAAUACUCAGCGGGUUGAGGCGGAGUUUGAGUUUGGGGAUGCUGGUGGUGGGCGUAGGGGGAGACGUGACAGGGACCGAGAACGAGAACGAGAACAUGAGCCAGUGCCUGCGGUGCAGCCUAGGGCGGGGGCAAGGCGCAGGGAAGGGUUUGGUGCCCAUCUGACUACCAGCUCUCCUGCUCCUAAUGGAGCACAAACACCGCAGUCGUCUGGACCUAGCCGGCGACCAUCGCCAUCCCCACAGCGAAACGGGGAGGACGUCGACCCUGUUGUUGCUCAGCGCCAUGCGGCGUUCAUUUCACGGUUGCAAUCUGUCGCGCCAAACCCCAGCACCGCAGUGCUCGCUGCUAAAGCUGCUGUCCGAGGAUUCCGACUCAACGAAUCUACCGCUCGUGAUCUUAUCUCAACGAUAUGGAACGUUCUUGACAGAAAUUUAGAUGAUACCGCGGGUAUCGUCAAUGCUAUCGUCGACUUAUUUGACGAGGAAGAGAAGAAGUCCAAUCUGCUCUCCUCUUGGAAUGGAUUCAAAAUUGAGCAACGUCAGCAGUUUCCUGAUCUCGUACCUCAGGAAGUGGGAUCGGGCUAUGCCGGUAUCACAUCCGGCCGUGUCCUGAACGCGAAGCAUGCUACUGCCACACGGUCUUCUUCGCAAUCUUCGAGACAGGUGUGGGAUCGCGUUGCACAGGCGGCUGGAUCUUCGUCAUCCCGCGUUGGUUCUGCUCCUACUCCAACACCACGACCACCAGAUAGUUUCCCGGCUCUGGCAGUUCCUCCUCAGCCUCAGCCUGCAUUCCGCCAACAACAACGGAACACCCCGUGGGCAUCCGGAUCUGGAUCUUCUGGCACAGGCUCCCGAGCACCGACAUCGAUACCGACACCUGUAGUACAGAAACGCGUUGCUACGAAGAAAGGUCCGCCACCGCCGUCGCUCACAUCUUCUGCUUUCCCAGUGUUGCCUUCGUCUGGUAACUCUCGGAUGAAACCUCCUCCUGUCAGUGGGAAUCAGUCCCUACGAAAUAUUCUUGGUGAGACCGCUCCGACUGUUGCUGCUUGGAAAAGUAGUGGCACGGGAAGCGGGGGCGGUACCCCGACACCGGAUGAACAGAGUAUUGCUGAAGAGACGGCUGGUGGAAAGGGGAAGAAGGGCAAGGGAAAGCAGAAGCAGACCUUGUUCACUCUUGGUUCUUUCCCGACAUAAGCAGAGGUGUCGUUGUACCUCCCUAUCGCAUUCAUUCUAGCUGAGAGAGUACAAUAUAGACAUACAUCUAUUUGCAGUUUGCUAAUAUUGAAAUAUUGAAAACUUGGUUGCAA